AUGGGUCGAGUUUACGGUCACGGAAAGGGUAUAUCUCAGAGCGCGUUGCCUUAUAGAAGGUCCGUUCCUUCUUGGCAAAGGCUUUCCGCGGAGGAAGUGAAGGAACAAAUCGCCAAACUUGCGCGAAAGGGUCUUACACCAUCACAAAUCGGUAAUUUUUAUUUUCUAUCCUGACUAGACAACAGGUGUCAUCCUUCGUGAUAGUCACGGUGUCGCUCAGGUCAGAUGGCUCACCGGAAACAAGGUUCUGCGUAUCCUGAAGGCUAAGGGCCUCGCACCGGUCAUCCCGGAUGAUUUAUAUCACCUGAUCAAGAAGGCUGUCGCCAUCCGAAAGCACCUAGACCGGAACCGCAAGGACAAGGAUAGCAAGUUCCGCCUUAUCUUAACCGAAAGCCGAAUUCAUCGCAUCGUUCGAUACUACAAGAGGAAGCGUGUCUUGCCGCCAAACUGGAAGUAUGACAGCUCCACCGCCUCUGCUUUGGUUGCGUAA